CUCUCCCCUUCAGAAACUACUCAGAGGAAAAUGGCAACAAGAAAUCUUUCCACAGUGACCAAGUUCAUUCUUGCUGGGCUAACAGAGAAACCAGAACUCCAGCUGCCCCUUUUCUUCCUCUUCCUAGGAAUCUAUGUGGUCACUGUGGUGGGGAACCUGGGCAUGAUCACGCUGAUAAGGCUCAGUGCUCACUUGCACACCCCCAUGUACUACCUCCUCAGUAGCUUGUCCUUCAUUGAUCUCUGCCAUUCCACUGUCAUUACCCCCAAAAUGCUGGUGAACUUUGUGACAGAGAUGAAUGUCAUCUUCUACCCUGAAUGCAUGACUCAGCUCUAUUUCUUCCUUGUUUUUGCUAUUGCAGAGUGUCACAUGUUAGCAGCAAUGGCAUAUGACCGCUAUGUUGCCAUCUGUAGCCCCUUGCUUUAUAAUAUCAUCAUGUCCCAUCAGGCUUGUUUUUCCCUGAUUUGGGGAGUAUAUGUUAUAGCCCUGGUUUGUGCAUCUGUUCAUACAGGCUGCAUGUUUAGGGUUCAUUUCUGCAAAUUUGAUGUGAUCAACCAUUAUUUCUGUGAUCUUCUUUCCCUUUUAAAACUCUCCUGUUCUAAUACCCACGUCAAUGAAUUACUGAUUCUAGUCUUCAGUGCAAUUAAUAUCCUUGCCCCCAGCCUGACGAUCCUUAGCUCCUACGCCUUCAUCCUGUCCAGCAUCCUCCGCAUCCGCUCCGCUGAAGGCAGGUCCAAAGCCUUCAGCACCUGCAGCUCCCACAUCUCAGCUGUGGCUGUCUUCUAUGGAUCUGCUGCUUUCAUGUACCUGCAGCCAUCAUCUGUGAGCUCCAUGGACCAAGGGAAAGUGUCUUCUGUAUUUUAUACCAUCAUUGUGCCCAUGCUGAACCCCCUGAUCUAUAGCUUGCGAAAUAAGGAUGUCAAUGUUGCCCUGAAGAAAGUGUUAGAGAAAAGAAUAUUCUUGUGAUCAGAAAUAACAUGAGGAUCUUUUAUUAGCCUAAGCCAUUGUCUCUUAUGUUGUAUGAAUUGAUAUGUUUAACUUUAGCACAUUUUCCAAUAUACAGCCUCAUUUAGUGGGAUUCUAUUGACAUUAUUUCUUUAUCCUAUGGCCUUUUGAUGUCACUGCUCUCUGGAUUUUUCUCUUCUGAGUAUCUCUGAGACACAGACUGGAAGUACUAAGAAUGAUCUGGAUAUAGGGACCCACUCGCUAAUGCUGU